GCCACACGUUUGAGGGAAUACAAUGUACGUUAAUGGUCAUGUUGUUGUAAUUUCAUUCAAGAUAUUCGAGAUAACGCCUACAGUGCAAAGAGGGUCACGGAACACAUCCAGCAUACAUUAUGAGGCGGUCAAUUCAGAGAUCAUCGUCAUUUGCACUUGGUCGAAAGGCGCCACAAAGAGCACCUACCUUGCCAAAUGCCAUCAUACCUACCUUCUUACGGAGGAGCAUUUUGCUCUCGUCUCCCCAAACGUACGAAAGGCGGGCGGGAAGACUUACUAGUGAAUCGGACUCAGCCGACCUGAGGAACAGAUAACCCGAGUCUUCAAGAAGCGGCGGAGGGGUAUUUCCGCACCGCCACGUCGGACCCCUCGAUGCUUGUCUGGCGGCUCCGUGCGAACUUUGUGGGGUCACGAUUAAACGACUGGAAUACUUUAGUUCCUGGAUUUCCCGCGUCCAGUCGUAGCCGUGCACUACAUGAUGUCAUUUGGUAAAGCACUGGCAACCCCGCGGAGUGAUGGACAGAGG